CCGUCCAUCCUCCCUCUCCCUCUCUCUCUCUCUCUCUCACACACACACACAGUAUUUGUCAUGGCAAAGAUAACACUCUUGUGCGCAACUGAGAUAAUAAACCACUGUAUUUCUUCCAGAUUGUGUUUUGUAUUUAUCGGAAGGAUGGCGGUGACAGUAAAUGCUGUACGCCAGCAACUAGCAGCUCUUGCUAAUUCAGGAGGUUCGCACAAGGAUCAAGCUGACAAGUAUCGUGCCAUUCUUGAGGCGGUGCUCACCCUACAGGGAAGUGAUCUUAUUGAAGCUCUAAAGGUCUUCAUUGAAGCAAUUGUGAAUGAAAAUGUAAGUCUGGUAAUAUCACGCCAAAUUCUCACUGAUGUCAGCACUCAGUUGGCUGUUGCACCUGACCCCAUUUCAAAAGCAGUGUCUCAUUACACUCUUGACAAGGUACAGCCUCGUGUUAUCUCCUUUGAAGAGCAGGUGGCUGCCAUCCGUCAACAUCUUGCUGAGAUCUACGAACGUGAGCAAGCAUGGAGAGAAGCAGCUAAUGUUUUGGUGGGAAUUCCAUUGGAAACAGGCCAGAAGCAGUACACUGUAGACUACAAGCUGGAUACAUACCUCAAGAUAGCAAGGUUGUAUCUAGAAGAUGAUGAUCCUGUUCAGGCAGAAGCUUACAUAAAUAGAGCAUCACUGCUGCAGGCUGAAUCAAGAAAUGAACAGUUACAGAUUUAUUACAAAGUCUGUUAUGCUAGAGUACUAGACUACCGCCGAAAAUUUAUUGAGGCAGCUCAGCGUUAUAAUGAACUUUCUUACCGAACCAUAAUUCAUGAGGAUGAACGUAUGACUGCAUUAAGAAAUGCACUAAUAUGCACAGUCCUUGCUUCAGCAGGCCAACAGCGAAGUCGUAUGCUGGCAACACUGUUCAAGGAUGAGAGAUGCCAGCAGUUACCAGCAUACUCCAUUUUAGAAAAAAUGUAUUUAGACAGGAUCAUUCGCCGCUCAGAACUGCAAGAAUUUGGGAAUUUGCUUCAACCACAUCAGAAGGCACUUACUCCUGAUGGUUCUACAAUCUUAGAGCGAGCAGUCAUUGAACACAAUCUGCUAUCUGCUAGUAAACUCUAUAAUAAUAUUACUUUUGAAGAACUUGGGGCCUUGCUGGAAAUUCCUCCAAUUAAAGCAGAAAAAAUUGCUAGUCAAAUGAUAACAGAGGGCCGUAUGAAUGGAUACAUUGAUCAGAUUGAUUCCAUUGUUCACUUUGAAACACGUGAAGUUCUGCCAACAUGGGACAAACAAAUACAGUCACUUUGCUACCAAGUUAAUCAGAUAAUUGAAAAGAUAACAAAUACUGAACCAGAAUGGAUUGCUAAGGCUCUGGAAGAACAAAUGAUUCACUGAUAAGCCUUGUAAUGGAUUAUUUGAGUAACGUUGUUCCUUUUGUCACUCUUUUGUUAUUAAAUAUUUUCAUGAAAAAUA